AAUUGGCCCAGCAACCGGCAAUCAGUUCACAGCAAAAGCUCAAAGUGAGAACUAGAACACAUUUUUCACCCCAACAACAACAAACAAUACAAAACCUACAAACAUGAAAUUCUUCGCUGUUGCUGUUUUACUUGCAUUCGUCGCCGUCGCUGCAGCGCAGGAGGGCGCCGGCAUGUUGACCCAGGAACAGAUACAAAAGGUACAUACUUUGAGCACUGAGUGCUUAAAGGAAACCGGGGCUUCCGAAGAGGCGAUUCGUGCUCUCAUCAAAGGCGAUGACAGUCAAGUUGAUGGCAAAGUCAAAUGCUUCACCAAGUGCAUGCUAGAUAAAUUAGGCUAUGUGGAGAAUGGUAAGGUUAAUGAGGAAAAGGUACAGAACAUUUUGGGCAAAUUGAUCGGCAUGGAGAAAGCUAAGGCCACUCAAGCUAAGUGCAAUGGCUUAAAGGGCGCCGACGAAUGUGACACCGCCUACCAAAUUCGCAAAUGUUAUUCAGCUGGRUACAACGGUUUCGUUUUUUAAAUAGCAUAGAUAAUUAUUAUUUAUAAAACAAAAUGUACUAGGAUUAAUACCCUUAAGACACUUUCAUAAGUUGCGAAUAAAAUCUACGCACUUUUCUUGUUUGUUUAAAAGUUAAA